AUGAAGGCCGUCAACGCACUCCUCGCAAGCCUUUCUUCCAACAUCACCGAGAUAUGUCGCGUAUCGGGCAUCCCCGGAGUCUCUUUGGGUGUGAUUGACAAUGGCGAGAUUGUAUACAACGCCUCGUAUGGCUACUGCGACGUCGAAAACCAGAUCCCGUGUAGCAGCGAAACAACAUUCGUCCUUGGCUCUCUUUCAAAGGCUUUCACGUCGACUUUGCUGGCCCAGUUGGUUGCCCAAGAGAAAUUGAAAUGGAGUGAUUCUCUCAAUCAAAUUUUACCCGAGUUCGAGAGAGGUGAAUCUGAUUUGAGUCGCCACGUCACUAUUGCCGACCUGCUGUCGCACCACUCUGGCUUGGCAGCUUUUGACUCCCUCUGGCUGGGCUCGGACAAUAUUCCCCUUUUGAAUCAUUCCGAUGCAGUCAAAAUCUUGAGCUACGUGCCUCAACAACAAUCCUUCCGCGGCUCAUUUGUAUACAACAAUUUUGCCUACGACGUUCUCGGGCGUGUUAUCGAGAAGGUAUCUGGCUCAUCUUAUUCUUCCUUUCUGCGCGACCAGCUACUUGAACCUCUGGGUAUGAAGAGAACCUACUACACCGAUACUGCUGGACAGGUGGAAGACGAAGCCAAACCUUAUGCCGCUCUGGCCGACUCGACACCUAUUCGGAUUUCGCCAGCGCUUGAAGGAGAAAAUGUUUUGAUGGGCGCAGCUGGAGGAGUUCGGAGCAGCGUCUCUGACCUUCUACUAUUUUACAAUGCCUUGAUGGACGCUGCUGCCCACCAUAUGGAGGUUAACACAGUACCCAAGUAUACACCCAAGAGCUAUCCGCUUUCUUUGUCGCAAUUGCCAGCUAUGUGGACGGGAUGGAACAUUCUGCCAAUGCCUCUCCUGCGAGAGCAUUCAUACGGUUAUGGUUGGCUGAGAGCUCAGUUACCAUCAAUGCUAGCUCCGUCUCGCGGGAAUCCAGUUUUAAAUCCCUUGGUAGGUAUCGGAGCACCAUCCAGACUUGCGAUCUGGCAUAGUGGCGAUAUACCGGGAUACCAAACUCAUGUUACAAUUUUUCCUGAGACUAACCAGGCGAUUGUUGUUUUGACGAACUCUAUAUCCUUGAAUGCCGGUUCCCGUUACAUCAGCGAUAUAGCCAUAGAGGCGCUGCUUGACAAUCUCGACAAUGCUCCCGACUACACAAAACUAGCCAGGAUGACAGCAGAUAUUGCAGCUUCGAGGAUGGAAAGUGUUCACACGGGACUUCUCCGUGGUAGAAAGCUGCUGCAGCCCCGCCAGCCAUUGCGGGUGUACACAGGCAGGUACUUCAACGCUGCCCAAAACUUCUUCAUCGAAAUUUCCUUGGUCGAAAACGAUCUCUAUCUAGCAUUCAUGGGAAGAGAAAAAGAUACAUUCAAGUUGGUGACAUAUGGGGACGACAGUUUUUUCUGGUUCCUCACCCAUGAUGAGGCUGCUGCUCUGGCUCGCUAUGAUGGGUACGGGGAGGACUUCUACAUCAUCCGGUUUGGAGCUGCCAACGGACAGCAAGGUACAAUGGACACCUUGUGGUGGAAACAUGAACCGGCACUUGAUGGUUACGGCGAGGCAUUCGAACGACGAGGUGAGAAUGCAGUUGUUGCAGGGCCCAAUUCUGAGCUAUAA